UCGGCCCACUCUACUCCGACUCCCCUCCACUGGCGGCAGCACUAUAGCGUAGUAGUGCGUGUGAUGGUGGUGUGUGUGGCGAUGUGGACUACCUGUUGCAGCAUGGUUCGGUGAUGGGCAAUCGGUGACUACGCGUGGCGAACUUGGGAAUGCCCAAGAGACUCUUGCGGGGCACGGCGAGUCUACUGCUGACAUAUUGCUGCUUCCUCGUGGAUGUUGCGCUGCUGGCGAACUUGGUGUCAUCUGAUGGCAAAUUCCUGAAAGAGGACAUCUUCUUCGAAAUACUUGAACCUGAGAGCCUGAGGUACACGUUUCGGCUGCGGCCCGCGCACGAAUUCGGUUCGUCGUUUGCCACCCAGCUAUCCAACGUGGGCCUGGUGUUGUCUGAGCCGCUGCAGGGCUGUGCCAGCCUCGUCAAUCGGCUUGAGCUUCGCCACAAUGUGGUGCUCGUCGAGCGUGGCUUCCCUCUGGACUUGCACAUUAGUACAAAGGCUGUUGCAGUAUAUCAUCACUGGCGAGGCUCGCAAACUAGUCAACUUGAUUGCUGCUCGCUGCAGUUCAGGAAAUCCUGCAUACCCCAAGACAUGGGUUGCUCAUUCCUGACGAAGUGCGUGGAGGUGCGGCGCCAGGGUGCGCUGGCCGUUAUUGUGGCAGACAGUGAUCCAAGCAACGAUGACCAGUACGUGGACAUGAUGGAUGACAGCACGCGGCGUAACUGCAGCAUACCCGCUGCGUUCCUGCUGGGAAAGGACGGCUUCAUGAUUCGCCGGGGGCUGCAGGCACACGGCCUGCGCCGAGCCCUCAUCAACAUCCCCGUCAACGUGAGCGGCGUGCCUGCCCACCGGCUGCGCCAGCCACCGUGGCUUGUCUGGUGACAAUAAAUGACCUGCACCUAAGCUGUCA